CAUUUCCUCUGAUAAGCACUCCACAAGGUCUAACUUCAGUAUUGUUGCUGAGUUCACUGUACAUGUAUGAGGAAAUUGGUCCUUAUUAAAGUUUCAUCUUGUUUUGAAAGAUCAAUGCUUUAAUCAUGACAGAUUCAUUCAAGUUAAGAAUUGGUUUGAAGUUUGUGUUGAGGAUUCUGUUGGUGCCAUUUCCUGUGCUCCAUUCCAUUGGAGAGUGAUUACAAUAAUCAUUGAUAAUAUGGUGAAGAAACAACUUCCUCAUUAACUUGGGAAGUAGGCAAUGUACUUUUUAUCAGUUGUCAAGGAGACUUAAUUGAAAAAAUUUAGUUGACAGAGAAAAUAUGAAUAUGGUAUCACCUUUAGUACUUCUUUUUCUGCUGUUACCAGUUUAUGUGGAAGAUUCAGCAGCAUCUACUCUUUCGUUGACAAGAGUUAGAAGAUAUGCAUCACCUGUUAGCUCAAAAGAAACUGGAGGUACUGAAGAAUCAAAUCCAAUAAAUUCAAUUGCAGUGUCCAGUACUACUUUCCCCAAGGAUGAUGAAAAUACAACACAUAUAUAUUCUGAAACAAAUGUACCAGAUUCAGAAAAUUAUACUGAUAUAAGUGAUGCUUCCAAUAGAUCAUCUCCAUGGAAUCUAGAAACUCAAGUGUCUUCAGAACCUCCUGUUAAUAAUUCACAUGAUUCUAACUUUACUACUACAGAAAGUUCAGAACCAGUAGAAGGAACUGAAGCGUCUUCAGAACCCCCUGAACCUCUUGUUAAUUCAAAUGAUUCUAACCUUACUACUACUGAAAGUUCAGAGCCAACAGAAGAAACUGAAGUUUCAAGUUCUAUAGCAACUACUGAAUCAGGAGUUAUUGACAGUUCAGAUGGUUCAGAGUCUACAAUAGACUCCAUAGACAUUUUUACAGACUCUACAUCAGAUUUAACAAAAGUCUUUACGUCAGAUACAUCAGUCUCAGCUGAAACACCUUCAGACAUGACUCCAGAUACAUUAGUCUCUACAACAACAACAACAACAACAACCACAACAACAGAGAUUUCAACAUCGGUUAUGCCAACUUCAACAGACAUGUCAACAACAGACACCCCAACAACGGACAUCCCAACAACAGACACCCCAACAACAGACACCCCAACAACAGACACCCCAACAACAGACACCCCAACAAAAGACACCCCAACAACAGACACCCCAACAACAGACAUACCAACAACAGACAUGCCAACAACGACUGACACGCCAACAACAACAGACACGCCAACAACAACAGACACACCAACAACAGACAUGCCAACAGGCAAGCCAGAUGAAGAAGAAGGCAGAUUAAAAUCUGGAACAAUUGCUGCCAUCAUUGUAACCAUUUUGCUUAUUGGAAUUGGCAUAGUUUUAUUGACUGCUCAUCGUUAUGGAAAAUUGCGAUGGCCUCCUCAAAAUCUCUUCUCAAAUGGACUUACAGAUCCCAUUCGUCCUCAGCCUGUGACUUUAAAGAAAUUUCCUGCACACUGCAGUGAUAUGCUAAACAUUACGUCAAAGCUGAGUCAUGAAUAUCAGUUGUUAGCAACUUUGAGUUUAGAUAUAUAUGCAACAGAAAGCUUCGUAGCUGGUCAACUACCUGACAACAAAAGUAAAAACAGAUAUGUCAACAUUCUCCCCUAUGAUUCUACUAGAGUCAAACUGGCAUCUGAUGGUGAUGAUUUCUACAGUGAUUAUAUUAAUGCUUCCUACAUUAAAGGUUAUACCAACGAAAUAGAAUAUAUUGCAACUCAAGGUCCCAAAGAAGACACAUGCAGAGACUUUUGGAAAAUGGUGUAUCAAGAACCAAUUAAAGUUAUUAUUAUGGUGACACAGUUAGAAGAACAGGGCAAACCAAAGUGCUAUAAAUACUUUCCCAAUUUAAGAGAAAACCUGGAAUUUGAAGAUAUUAUUGUUCGAUGUACUACUGAGCUACAUUUUCCAAUAUAUACAUCUCGAACUCUUAUUUUAACUAAGGGAGAGAGAAAACGAUCAAUCAUUCACCUACAUUUCCGAGAAUGGCCAGAUUUUGGUUGCCCAGCAACUCCUGACUUAAUGCUUCAGUUUUGUCAAGUUAUGAGGCAUAACAUUGUUCUUGCUCAACCCGGAAUUACUUUAAUUCAUUGCAGUGCUGGAGUGGGUCGAACUGGAACUCUUAUUGCUGUUGAUAUUUUAUUACAACAUAUAAAAGAAAACAAGAAAAUAGAUAUAUUUGGAACUGUAUAUAAAUUGCGAAAGCAUCGAAUGAAUAUGGUUCAAUCUGAGGCUCAAUACGUGUAUAUAUACAAAUGUAUAAAAGAAGCAUUAGAAGACCCUUCUUAUUUAUCUAGUGUCCGACGUGGUAGGGGAUUAUUUUUCCAAUCAGAAUCUUGUUGCAGCUUAUUAAAUUUCACAGAAAUUGAAAAUUCAUCAACAACAUCAUUGGAACCAAUAUAUGAAAACAUUGAGUGUACUCGGCUUUCAACAGUGUCAAGUAAAAUCAUUCCUGAUACUGUCGUUAAUGAAAGUGAAUGUGCCUUAUGAAUGCUGCUUUUUAGUGAAUAAACAUUUCAGUUUUGUUGUAAACAAUGCUGUGAUUGUAAAUAUUAGUAUAAGUUUGUGAAUAAGUUAUAAAAACUGUCCUUACAGAACACUAUUGUAUUAUAUACAUUUGAAUUGUGUGUACAUUAAUAUUUAUUUAUUUUUUAAGGUCUUCCUUUUUAGAUGCCAAACAAGGUACUUGUGAAAAGAGUAAUUAUUUUUAAAUAUAAUACAGUAUUUUUAUAUUAAUAAAGAAUAUUCUACAAAGUCUAAUUUAACCGUAGAUAUAAAUAAUGAUAUUGGUUGGCUCUCUGAAACCCUUAAUCAAUAGAAAUAGUAGACAGAAUCUAUGAUAUCAACUUUGUUUUCUCCAUGAUGUACAUAUCAAUGACUAGUAAAUGCAGCCAUUACAAUGAUUCAAUAACAGUACAUUUGUGAAUUAUCUUUAUUCAAGAAACAAUCAAAAUCAGUGUAGUUAACAUUGUAAUAUAUCUGAAUUCAUAUUUUUAUUUCUGAUACGAUUGAUCUCAAAUAAAAACAAUUUGCAAUUAUAGAAAUGAUUUGAUAUUUCCAGUAUUUUGGAGUAUUAGAGAAAUGUUACUGACGACAAUGACAUCAGUAUUAAAUACUAUGUUCAUCUGGAAAAUUAUCAUUCAUGAAUCAGAAUAUUUUUGGUGUCAAUUUUUUUAUGUCAAUGGCAAAUUAAAUUAAACAUCAAUAUAUUCAUUUUUAAGUUUUUCACAACUUUCCUUCCCACUACUUUGUAUUGCUAUGUAUGAAAUAAUGAACAUUAUAUUUUUGUUUAACUUUCUUUUCUUGUUUAUUCUGUUAUAAUAAACAUAAAUAUGUUUGCUGGUAUAUGUUAUUCAAGAAAUAGAAACUCUUAUGACAUUGUUUAACAUUUUGUUGUGAGAUUUUUCAUUUCGUUAAACUUAGUUAUGAAUUGUUGAAUGGUCACGAACAUGAAGUAACUACAGUUACUAUAGCUACACAUACUUCUUAUAACUGAUCUUACUGUAAUAUUAAUGUAAUAAUAUGGAAUAAAUAUUGUAAUAAAAAUUUAAAUCUUUGAUGAAACUGUAGUUGAAGUAUAACUGCACUUACUAUAAUGUUAAUGUACUAAUUAGAAUAACUAGUUAUUACAUUAAUACAUUACAAAGAUUUAAAUUUUUUUAGCCAUACAAAUCCAAAUACUGUCUGUCCAGAAAAACUGGCAAAUAUAUGGACAAUCAUAUCAUGAACACCAAUAUUUGUGACGAAUUGGAAGAUGGAACUGAAUGUCCCCUCUCUUGUUUUAAACCCAAAGAUUAGUGAAUUCUACCUCUUUGUCUUCUUUAAAGUUUGCUGAGAUUACAUAAAUAUAUUUGACAUGACAGAUACUCAGUGUUGAUUAACAUAAUUUUAUGUAUUGCUUCAUGCUACUGAAUGUCAUUCCUAAAGUGGAAAUUUAUAGUGGAGUACUUUUUUUUAUUGUAAUAAAAUAUGUGCCAUAGUCAAUUUAAUAGUGACUUUGUAUAUUUAGUGCUCUAAAGUUAACUUUUCUUUUCCCACUGAAUCCAAAACAAGUAUGGUAGCAUCAUUAAAUAUAAAUGUUUUUAUUUCAUUAUUAAAUUCAUUUUACAUUACCAAAUUUUGAUGUGUCAUGAAAAUGUUUUAUAAACAUACUGUAUUAAUUGAAGGUAAUACUUUAUUUAAUUUCUAAUAAAACACAUUACCAAUACUCAUAAAUAUAAUCACUUCCAUAACACAUUGCUACUUAGAUGUGUCAUUAUUGAUCUCUGCUGAGUAUGUUAUUUAUUACUUUUGAGAAAUGUAGAGAUUUCAGAAUGAUUUUUGUAUUGUGUUGUGAGUAAAAUAUUGUAAAGCGUAAUUGCUAUGCUUUAUUCUCUUUUAACAAAGAUGAUAUCAAAGACCAAUUUGACAAAAAAUUUUAAAAGGAAUAUAUGUUUCAAGAUGGCAAUGAAGAAAAUUUAUUUGUCAUUAUAUUAUAAAAGAAAUAAAUGACAAUUAUUUUAAAA